AAGUCAAAGCAUGAAUUACUUGGAGGUUGGUGACGUAAUUGAGAGUUGCAGACAAUUACUUGUUAGCUUGCCUAAGGUCUCAGUUGUUUUUAUCCGGAAAAAUGCAAACAGGGUAGCACAUGAGGUCGCUAGAAUCCCUUGUUUAGCAAAUUCCUAUAAUGUAUUCACGUCUCCUCCUACGUGUUUGUUGGAGGCUCUUUCCUUUGAUGUUUCGUUUUGAUUGAAAUGAAUCAGUUAUUUUCAAAAAAAAAAAAAAAAAAAAACACCAUAAUGAUGGAGCCAAAAGUUUCACAACCUCUUGAACCUUAUCCUGCUCCUUUCAAGCCAAUUAAUGGGGAGAUCGUUUACAGCCAAGAAUUCAUCGACUUGCUUUCGACAUUGCCUAAAGAGAAGGAUUCUUUCGGAGUCGACAUUUAUCAAUACAAUGGUUUCUGGUGGCCUGAAGUAGCUGUGCAUUGCAUGAUCGAGUCUCUAAAUUAUUUUCAACCUCGCAAAAACGAUGUCUUCCUUGCAACUGCUCCUAAAUCUGGCACCACCUGGUUGAAAGCUAUUGUCUAUACUUUACUCAACCGCCAAGUCCACCAUCCUCAAGAUCCUCACCACCCCUUGCUAACAACAAAUCCCCAUCAGCUUGUUCCUUUUCUUGAACUACUUGAGCACUCUGAAUACGAAACCUUAUCCAACUCUUCGGAGAGCAGCACUAGGAUCUUCGGGAGCCAUUUGCCAGCGGCUAGUCUUCCUAAAUCCGUAACAGAAGAGAAUGAGUCAUUUAAUUGUAAGAUAGUGUAUUUGUGCAGGGAUAUCAAGGACACGUUUGUUUCCUUCUUUCACUUUGUCAUCAAGCAUGUUGAUCCGUCCUCCACUUCUUUGGAAAAGGUCUUCGAUUUAUACAGUAGAGGACUCAACGGAGCUGGACCCGUUUGGGAUCAAAUCAUGGGAUAUUGGAAGGAAAGCUUGGAGAGGCCAGACAAGGUGUUGUUUAUCAAGUAUGAAGACAUGAAACGCGAGCCUCGUAUUCAGGCGAGGCGUCUUGCGCUCUUUCUAGGGAAGCCCUUGUCCGAAGAGGAAGAAAAUUCAGGUAUGCUCGAUCAAAUCAUAAGUUUGUGUAGCUUCGAUCAUAUGAAGAAUCUUGAGGUUAGUAAGAGCGGGACAACUAGGCAUGGUAUAAAGAAUAACACUUUUUACCGGAGUGGCCAAGUCGGAGAUUGGAAGAAUUAUUUGACUGCGGGAAUGGCUGCUAAAUUGGAUCAUAUUACUCGAGAGAAGUUUCGAGGUUCAGGAUUAUCUCUCUGAAAUGCCGUCAUUAUAUAUGCUGCUGCUUAUUCUAGUUAUUCUGUUGAUAGUAUAUUCAAAUUGUUCUCUACAAUUACUAAUUCAUAUGCGUGGACGAGUGUGGAUUGAUUGGCGUACCGUUGUAACCGCAACAAUAUUGUACUCGUAGUUAUAAUAAUUUUGUGUUCGUUGUUAUGGCCUUGAA